UCGUUUUCGACUGACCGCGACCGACUCGACGAGCUCGCUUCACUCAAGCAAGAGAGAGUGCAAAAGAAGUGUCGUCCAUCCAAUAAUCAUUAAUUUUCGUUCAACAAAAUAUCGCACGGUACGCGUUUGAUUUUGUGCGCUUUAAUUUCGCGAUUCCGUCGAUCGGAAAGUAGUGAAACAAUCUAGUGGUGACUGGUUACGAAAUUAGUGAAUGAUUUACGCCCCAGCCGUGCUGGAGCUCCUGCAAGCGGAAAUCGUAUCUCGUCCUUUGUGAUUGUCGCUACGCCACCCAUCAGCAGCAGCAGUAGCUGAAGCGAGUGAAUCAGAGUGGAGAUCCACCUCCCAUUUUUUGCUUGUUUAAUUUUUUGAUUGACGAGAGAAAGACUGAACGGGAAGACGUGAUUCAAUUCCGUUUUUUCGAAUAGUUACGCCGCAAUCCGCAACACCACCCUCCGGCGGAAGAGAGAGUACUUUCUGGAACACCGCAGUGACAACGAGCGGAGCCCCACGGAUCGACGGAUCACAAUUUGACAAAAAAGAGGAAGAUCAAAGUUGGUGGUAGCAGGCAGCAAGUGCUCGCGAUGAUGGCUGAGUCAGACAACACGGCGGAAGCGACGAGGCGACUGAACGUCAAGAAACAAACCCUGGACGAUGCGUAUGCGAUUCCGGCCAACUUCCUCGAGAUCGACGUGGUCAACCCGCUGACGUCGAUGACGGCCGGGAAGAAGCGCUACACCGAUUACGAGGUCCGGAUGAGGACCAAUCUGCCAGUGUUCAAAGUAAAGGAAUCUAGCGUCCGACGACGGUACAGCGACUUUGAAUGGCUACGGAACGAACUUGAACGCGAUAGCAAGAUUGUCGUCCCGCCGCUACCGGGCAAGGCCUGGAAGCGCCAGAUGCCGUUCCGCAGCGACGACGGAAUCUUCGACGAGAACUUCAUCGAGGAGCGACGAAAGGGCCUGGAACAGUUUGUGAACAAAAUUGCCGGGCACCCGUUGGCCCAGAACGAGCGCUGUUUGCACAUGUUCCUCCAGGAGCCGACCAUCGACAAGAACUACGUCCCGGGAAAGAUUAGGAACACGUAAAUCGUGGUCGGUCGAUGUGGGUUGGAUCUAGUGGGCUGGUCGGCGGCGAGAUGAGCAGUAGGCUAUGGGCGGGCAUGCGGUUAGGAAAAUUCGGACGCGAAAAGAUCGAUGGGAGAAAGGAGAAUUAUUCAAGGAUCUUAUUAUUUAGGGAAGAAAAUCGAGUUUCUUGUUAGCAUUAACAGCUGAUUCCAUUUACCAUUCAAUGUCGUUGGUAAGGAAAAAAUGGAAAUAAUCAUUCAUCGAACUCCAGCAACUAAAAUAGGUAUUCAGUUAAUUUCCCAAGAAAAUCACAUGAUGAAACAGUUAUCACCUGUAACAGUUUUAAGUAAUUUUGAUUAGCAGUGUAGGAACAGCGUCACGCAAGUAGACGCAAAUAGCAUUCUGUUCUUUGAUUAUUUUUCCAUUAAAACAAACAGUUUUGUAUGUUUUAAUGAAAAAUUAAUCAAAAUAAUAAAGAAUCAAUAAAUCGAACCAAUUUAAAUUUCGAAUAGAAAUUUACUAGCGUGGAUUGCGGAACAAAAACAACGUAACGCCAGUAACGCUUCGCUUCAUCGUUCAUCACCCCUUGGUGUCAGGUCGUGUCGUUACGUAUGCUGAUGUCUUUAUUUUUAGCAACACAGUUCUUCUUUACCGACAUCCAGUUUCCUUUGAAUGUAGUCUCUCGAAACGCUGGCGUGCACUCUUUCGUUCGUUAAGGUAAUGCUAGCAAUUGUUGUCCCAAGCAGUUAUCGAAUCACAUAACAAAAGUAUAUUUAUGAAAAAGUAUAAGUUGGAUUUUUUUUCCAAAUCAAUCAAAAUUGGAAUUGAUGUAAAGUGUUGAUUAAUCUGACGUUUUGAUUUGUACAAACAUGUGUAAUUCCACUUCGGCACGAACAGCUCAAUAUUCUCAAAAAAAAAAACCGUAAUCAAAUCAAUAAUUAUGACAAACAAAAUUGUGAGUGUAAUAUUCUUUAAUUAUUAUAUCUACGAUUAUAUAUAUUUGAACAACAUUGUAUGAAUGAAGGUAAAUGAGCAUAUUAAUUAUUGAUA